AUGGCCUCCGCACACCCCACGCCGGGCCGUCCGGACGUCAUCCUCCGGCCAGCGACGGCUCACGAUGUCGGCACCCUCGCAGCUAUCGCCGAUGCGGCAUUUCGGACGGAUUCACACACUCAGCUCAAAGCAGUCUUCCACGGCGACUCGUCUUUCAAAGAUGGCAUGGGCGAGGGGCUGAAAUCGUGGCUUGAUUCGCCAAAGGUCGAUCUCAUCGUCGCCGAGAUCUCUGGGAAGCCUGUGGGUUGGGUCGGGUGGGCUAGGCGGGGCUUCGCCGGCGACACGGACCUGCCCCUCACCGGUCCCAUUGAAGAGCCACGGGCUGCUACCGCCGUCGACCCGGCGAACCCCAAGAAGAUCAAAGACCUCAAGGAUCUCACGAAUGAUUCGAUGCAGUACUGGGUUUGUCGUCUCAUGCCGGAAGGCUGCCGGUGUCGGAUCGUGGUGAGCUGCGUCGUGCAUCCCGACUUUCAGGGUAAAGGAGUUGGGUCACGGCUCAUACGAUGGGGUACGGACAAGGCGGAUCAAGAGGGAAGCUUUUGCUGGGUUCAGUCUUCAAUGAGUGCCGUAGCUGCAUAUGAGAAGUAUGGCUUUCGGGAAAUUGGCAGUUUGGAGGCUGACUUGAAUAUCUAUGCCGAGGGCAUCAUGCCUGGUGAACGCUACGAAGGCAUUACUGGAGAUCGGGAGUCAUGGGGCACAUAUCAAUGGGUCUACAUGAAGAGAGAUGCAGGUGUAUGA